AUGACUGCAUUAUCAAUGAAGCUGCCGGGGCUGACAGAGGGCAAGAUGAAUGCGCUUGGAGGAAGGUUGAAAUGGCCGUUUACUGAGAAAGAGAUCAUCAAGUCUCUAGAAAGACUAAGAAAGUGUGCUGCUACUUUUCAAUUUGCUUUGACUGUUGAAGGAUGUAAUGUUCUCAAACAGACGCUUGAUACGGCGACAAAAGGUUUACAGGUCCAGCUGGACACUUCAACCAAGGUAGCCGAAUUAGCUCAAUCAAUUGGCACGAUGUCGGGGAUUGCGAAAGAAGCUUUAAAGAUGUCAAUUCAAGUCAAAGAGAUAUUGGCAUUCGCUAAUGAGAUGGAGGAGAUCUCGAAUGACGUAAGGCAUCUUACAGACGAUGUCAAAGUCCUGAGUACAAGGGCACAGAACCGACACCGAAUCGAGGUUCUAGAUUGGCUAUCUUCCAACAAGUACUCCGAAAGACAUCGCGAAGUUUGCGGCAAGAGAGUACAAGGUACUGGAAAUUGGCUACUUGAAUGUGGCACCUUUCAAGCAUGGAUCGAUCAGUGCCAGCCCGCUCUAUGCUGCACGGGAAAUCCUGGGGUUGGAAAGUCUGUCCUGACCUCCUUGGUCAUCGAUCAUCUCAAGGAAACCUUUAGAUCAUCCCAAGACGUUAUAGCAUAUUACUACUUUGACCAUCAACGGCAGGAUCGCAAGCCUCAAGAAGCCCUAUACGGUAGUCUUCUUCGACAGGUUGUGUCUCGUCAACCUGCAAUACCCCAAGCUGUCCAGAAUCUCUACGAGACCGCCCAACAAGAUCAUACCCAGGCGUUGCUGUCGGACCUUGUCAGUACGUUCGUCGCAACACUCAGUGACCUUAAUCGGUGCGUCAUUGUGAUUGACGCUCUGGACGAAUGUCCGGAUAGAAGUCAAAGGCAGGCUAUACUUAGAACCCUUUUCAACAUCAAGUCGAGCGCACUUCAAAUAUUUGUCACAUGUCGACCCCAUCUACCUGAGAUAGAUCAUCAUUUUGCAAAAGCCACCCAGAUAGCUAUUGCAGCAAAUGAAGGUGACAUCAAAGUCUAUUGCAGGCUGGUAUUGGAGAAGCAUGAGGCUGGCCUUGACCAUAUCGAUGAAGAGCUAAAAGAACAGGUUGUGGAGACUAUUGCUAAUCAGGCACGGGGGAUGUAG